UAACCCUGACCAUUCUCGCGGGAGGUGGAGAGGAGGAAAGGACAGACCUUUGGGGAAAGGACAGUGGGUGACGAUGGAAGGAGAAGGCGGCGACGGCGGCCGGAGAGAGGAGGUCGAGGCGGAGCCGCGGGACGCGCGGGUGGUGAAGGAGCUCCUUCGCUCGAUGGGGGUGGGGGAAGGGGAGUACGAGCCCCGGGUGGUCCACCAGUUCCUGGAGCUCGGCUACCGCUACGUCGUCGACGUGCUAUCCGACGCCCAGGUAUACGCCGACCACGCCGGAAAGCCCGCCAUCGACCCUGACGACGUCCGCCUCGCCAUCCAGUCCAAGGUCAAUUUCUCCUUCUCCCAGCCCCCGCCCCGCGAGGUCUUACUUGAGCUAGCGAGGAGCAGAAACAAGAUCCCACUGCCCAAGUUGAUCACGCCACCUGGGGGGAUUCCGCUGCCACCAGAGCAGGACACCCUGAUCAGUUCCAAUUACCAGUUGCUGAUACCGAGAAAGCAGCCAUCCCAGGUUGAGGAGAAUGAGGAAGAUGAGGAUGGUUCCAAUCCGAAACCAAACUCCAAUAUGUCACAAGAGCAGAAGACUAGCACAGACCAGCAUUCUCAGCAACAGACACCACAGAGGGUGUCUUUCCCUCUUAAUUCAGCUGCAGCAGCAGCAAAGAGGUCACGGUGAGAAGGGGGUUGGAUUGGGGGCACGAGCAAAAGCUAUGUGAUGUUAGCUAAGUUUUUUGAAUUGAGUAGAAACUUAGGAGAUCAGUUCAUUGUUUAAUUCCAUCUUGCUCUUUUGUUUGAGAAACAAAGAAUUUUUAUGACGUCUUAUAUCAAAAGAAAAUUAUGAGAACAAUGUAUUAUUGUUUGACUCUACCUUGCUUAUAUUGUUGAGGAAGCAAAGAAGUUUUUGUGGCCU